AUGAAAGAAUUUUGCGAGGACAAAAUCACAGUGUUUUCAGGGAUGUAUUCACUGAUCUUCAACUAUUCAGAAGAUCUAUAUAGUCUUCGGCUUCCUAAUAUCUUCUUUGAUGAAGUCCCUGAUCUAGAAGAAUCAGAGCCAAAGAAAAUUAUUAAAAAAGCCAAAAAGGGCAAAACAGCUUAUAAAAAGAAGAUCACAGCUUGUCCACAUAAGAAUAAACGUCACUAUGCAAGGAAUAUGUGCAAUAAUUGCUACCACAAAAGCGGGAGAGUCAAAAGGGCUUGGGCUUGUCCACACCAAGAUCGUCAAUUAUACGCAAAAGGAGUGUGCCAGUUUUGCUAUUUGCAGUGCUAUCACAAGUCUAGGUCUCUCCAAGUUGUUAUUAAGAAAAGAUUAGAUUAGAUUAGAUUAAAAUUAUAGCGGGUCGUCGGGGUUUAUUUCAGCCCCUCUCCGUCCAACGGAUAGCUUCGCGUUGGCGCUAAGCGCUAUCCUCACACCAACCUUUUCCUUACUGAUGUCCACAAAAAUGGUGACAUCAGAGGUCUGUCGGGGAGAAAACCCUACCGUUCGGCCGAGCCUUUCUUGGUCCCAAGAUUCAGCCAAGACUCCCUUAACCUCUGACAGGGCUCAGGGUAUGGGUGAACCGUCUUUUGCCUACUCCAUGGCCUGUCGGGACCUUAUUGUAGGUCCAAGAUUGCUCCCAUGGAGUAGCCUCGGGACUUUGCGCCAUUAGGGACUUCUGUAGGUAGGGAAAAAAGAUCUAACUCCCCCCCCCUCCGUGAGUGAACAAAACCAUUAGAAAAAUCCCUAUUUUUUGCCCAAAAAAACCCACCCUCCGUGAGUGAACAAAAAUUUUUUUAAUAGAAAAAAUUUUUAUGGAAAAAAAAUUUUGAUAUAUAAAUGAUAAUUAGCAUAAUGAAAUCUAGAGCUAAUUCUGUUUAAUUUUAAACGAAUUGCUUUUUAAAACAUAAAUUUUACAAAAAAAAUAAUAUUUUGGUUUUCCAAUUUUUGCAAAUUAGAUUUUUUAAAUUUCGAAAACAAUAUUUUUUAUAAAAUUUAUAUAUAAAUUGUUUUAAAAAAAAAAAAUUAACCCCCCUCCGUGAGUGAACAAAAUUUUUUUGUUCACUCACGGAGGGGGGGGAGUAAGGUUAUCCCUUAGACCAAAAACCCAUCCCGGAGAACUAUUGCCAUGUGGCUCACCUUUCCUGGCCCGGAUCAACUCACGGGUUGUCAGGAGUCCACGUCAGAUCACGCCAUUUUAAUAAUUCUAUUAAGAAAGAAGAAUUAAAAGUUUAA